AUGGGCGUCCAGGGCUUGUGGCGUUUGCUGUUGCCCAUCGGUCGUCGCAUCUCAAUUGAAACGUUGGAAGGCCGCGUGCUCGCGGUGGACGCCUCCAUUUGGCUCACGCAGUUCCUCAAGGCCAUGCGCGAUCCGGACACGGGCAAGGUCCAACCCGCCGCGCACUUGAUUGGCUUUAUCCGUCGGCUAUGUCGUCUCCGCUUUCACGGGAUCCGCGCCGUCCUCGUCUUUGACGGACCCACGCCCGCCAUCAAACGACGUGAAAUAAUGCGACGACGCAAGCAACGCGAACAGUUCGCUACCUUGGGACCAGCCGGAGUCCAACGACUCGCGCGACGGCUACUAGCCCAAACCCUACAGCAGCAACAGCAAAAAAAGCCAACAGUCCCAGAGCCUCACGGUCACGACGCAGCCUUCCACCCAACGUCGUCGACCGGAACGGCACAGUCUUUGGCGCCCGGUUUCAACCCAGGGGGGCGGGACGGCAAUCCGAAAGACGGAUCGACCACGAACGCUGCAACUUUGGCUACCGCUGCUUUAUCGAAUGACCCCACGAAUUCAUCAGAAGAGCCCGCAGCAUAUUCGGCUACAUCCGACUCACUCGGUACGAAAGCUGCGACCGAUUCUGCGCCUCCGGAACAACCUGCCGCCGCAUACCCUCCGGAUACCGGCAGUGACGCUGCUAUUGCCGCGGCGUUGGAAUUCGGUUCGGACAAUGAGAACAACACGAACGACCCCCACGUCCGCGACGACGAUGGUGAUGAUCCAGUCAACGACUGGGAUUUACCGCUCGACCACGAGGCGACUGGGAACGAGUCCAGCAAUAGCGACGACCCCGUAACAACCAAUAGCAGCUCCCUCGGCUUUCCUCGUUCCAAUAAACGCCAACGCCGUUUGUGGGAUGAGCGUCGCGGCACCAUGGACGUGGCGCAGAUAGCUGCCUUACCACCCGGCCAACGUAGGGAUGCUAUUGAAGCCGCCAAACGAACGCAGCGACUCCUUUCGCGACGGGAAUUCAUGCCGGCCGCCGCCAACCCCGACGCCUUUUCGUCCGUCCAGGUCACCAACUUUUUGCGGUCGAUCCGUCUCAAUCAAUCCAUACACGCCAUGGCGCUCCGUGUCGUACACGACGAGGAAAAGGCGUUUGCAUCCCAACCGGGUGAAUUUAUGGCGUCGGAUCGGAACACCAGAGUAUCCCUGAUACGGGAAGAUGAUCCCGACGAUAACGACCGUACCACACCACCAGACGCGCCAAGGGAGCGACCGUCGGCGGCUCUGCGGGCACGGCAACAGCAAAACCGACGGAACAAUGGUACCCAUCGAUUUUCGCACCGAGAUUCAUCAUCCGACGAGGAUUCACAGUCAGUCGGAAUCGGAAAAUGUGCCAACCCAGCCUUUGCUGCUGCAGGGAAAAAACGACGACGGGCCAUUUUGGAUGAGGAGGAUGACUACGGCGAUUCUUCAAAAGAAGAGGAUCGCGUCAAUCAAAAGUCUACGCUUUCGACAAACAGAGCAUGGUACAAGGAUCGCCCGCAAGCGACAUCGCAUUUACAACCUCUGGAAUUGGACGACAGUAGCGAAGACGAUGACAGCGUCCCAAACGCAGAACUUAACAAAAUGGAAUUAGACUACAGCCAACAACGGCUUGACUCGUCG